GCUUGUUGAUGCCCGCUGAGCUGCUUGGUGUAUUUGAGAAACUGUUGAUCUGCUGGGAUUUUACUGCACAACCAUCUCUAGUGUUAAAAAAGAGGUUUUAUUUAUGUAGUGGCAAAUCACAACUGUUACUUUGUACUGUAAGGUCAAGACCGUACAGUAAUACAAAGAAAAACCAGAGCGCUUCAACCAACGUUUGUAGAAGAGCAUCUAUGAACGACUGUGGCAGAUGGGCCCCAGCAGCAGGAGGCCUCACCUGUCAACAGGAAACUGAUGAUCAAAAUUGGACCACAGAAGAUUAGAAAAAUGUUGCCCGGUCUGCUGAGUUUUGAUUUCUGCUGCAAAUAGCAUGAAAUCAUGGACCCAUCCUGCUGCAGCCCAGCCUGGGUGUUGUUGCUAGGUCCAUAUCUAUGACCGCAGGGCGCUGUGAUGCUGUCGCGGCAAUAUGGACCAAAAUCUCUGAGAAAUGUUUGCAGCAUCUUGUUGUUUCUGUGCCACAAAUUAUUAAGGCGGUUCUGAAGGCAAAAGUGGGUCCAAACGUUACCUCCGGGGCAUAAUGAAGUGAUUGCUCGCUUAUUUUAAACCCUAAUUUAAGGUCAUUUAAUAGAGUUAGUAGAUUCCACUACAGGAGAGCAUGCAGCCACAGUCCUCUGCAAAGGCGACUUCUUUAGGCAGCGUGAGCACAUUUUGUUAGAACUGAAGGUUUUCUUACAGUUUUUGUUGAAAAGCUGUAAAUUUAUUUAUGUCUUGAAGAUCUUUAAAUAUAAUUCCCAUCACACCAACUUAUUUUUGUUUCAAACGUUCCAUGGAAAGUUUCUGAUAACUUGGGCAGCUUUGCAGCAGGAGGCUGUCCUGCGACAGAGGCUGAUUAGGGACGGGAGGGGAAGAGGCAGGAGAGGUUGGGCUGGGAUGGGCAGGAAGUGUGCCUCUAGCACCAAUUAUAAACAUGACCCUUCUGGACACCUAAGGGUCAUUGUUUACGUCCAUCACUGCCUGCCACUUGUGCCUGUCUGCUUCUUCACGUCGGCAGUGCUGCAGAGCUGUAAAAGGCGAGCAGAAGACCGGGAAACCAUCACCUCACUGCACGCUCGACUUCUUCCAUCUUCCAGAGGGGAAUACUUGCGGAUUUUCUUUAUGGACAAAUAAUUUCUCUGUAGUCAGUCAUGUACAGCUCCAGCUGCUCUCGGGCCAAACUGAGCCCAGAGGUAAGGCACCUGAACAAGUCCAAAGGGAAGAGCUGCGGCUACUACAUGAGGAUCGUCUUCCUCUUUUCUUCUCUCAUCCAGUCGCUCAUCAUUGUCAGCUUGGUGCUUUUUGUCAUCUAUGGACAGCCGGAGAAGACUGCAGCAGAGAAAAGGGUCAAGGAGCUGGAGCUGGGCUUCAAUAAACUGAGUAACAACAACAUCGACCUGAGGAAGGAGAAAAGUAAGAUGGAAGCUCAGCUGAAGGCUCGCGCUGAGGAGAGAGCAGCUCUGGAGAAAGAGAUGGCGAAGCAGAAGAUUGAUGCCAACAAGACGGAGCAGGAUUUGAAGAAAAAGUCUGAGGACUGCAACAGGUUACUGAACCUAGCACGGCGUCCCCCCCCUCAGUUACAGCCCCCUCUUAUGGUCACUAGAAGCAGCACGAGCAGCGAGCUGAGUAAUCUGAAGAGACGCUACGAUCAGCAGGAAGCCAAGCUGGACGUUGUCAACUCAAACUUCACCCAGACGGUGCAGAAUCUGCGGGAUGAGUUAGACAGCGCCGUCAAAGACCGAACGCGCCUCAACGACGAGGUGGUCAAGCUGCGGCGUGACAACACCUUUCUCAGGGAGCAGCACGCCUUGUACACCAGCAAGUGCAAAGAGGACUUUGCAAAUUCUCUAGAAGGCAUCACGACAGUGACCAGAGGAUUCUUGGACCGGAUUAACAAACUGUUUCCUCACCAGCUCACCUUUCACCUCACCUGCGACAGCCAGCGGGAGCAUAUGGACAAGAUAAAAAACAGCUGCACGAACCUGUCCAGAGACGUGGAGAAUAAGUUCCAGGUUUAUCUCGACAAUGUGGGGAAAAUGGUGUCUGAAAUUCAAGAAAAGUCCAGUGAGCUGGAAGUGAAAAACAAACACUUAAUCUCCGACUUCGAGGAGUGUCAACGCAAUCACUCAGAGUUUGUUGAAAAAACUUCCAAACAGUCGCAGAUCGCACAAAAAGCUCAUGACGAUAAGGUUGAGAAAUUACUGCGGGAGAAGGAAGAACUGAGACAACAACUGUCCAAUAUGAAGCCCGGUGCUAAACCUGCAGGCUUUCAGGCAUCCUCGCUGCAGGGCAGACACACUCCAACUAACUGGACUUCUGUAGGAACGACCGGCAUCUUCAAAGCUCCAACGGUGAAAUGAAAUAAUGCGUCCUGAUGGUCACAGAGAGAGGAGAGCGGCAAAUCCAGCCCACAGCGCUCAGGACUUUGUUUUUUAAAGCAUGUGUAUAUACUAGAGUGUGCAGAUACUUUGCCUCCAUAUAGUAACUGCAUCAUUAUGUGUUUUUGAACUUCUGCUGUGAAAGCAUGUUUGUACCCAGGUAAACGUAAGAAAUAGGUGUACAUAUGUCCUUUUGUGUGUCUCUCUGUGCAGGUAGAAAAACUGACUCUGGAAAAAUACUUUUGUUUGCUGUGAAACGAUGAAAUUUAGUCCCGCUGACAUUAAAAAUGUAACAAAGACUCAGACACGGCUUCAGGCAGCAGCUGCUCACUUGGCUGUGAUAAACAGACUAGUCUUAAAAUAGCAACUGCUAAGUUUCCCAGUGGCUGGCAGGUCUUCACAUGAGAUGUUAACAUAGCCCGGAUGACAGUACAGAUGUCCAUUAAGUCAUAAACACGUGGUCACGUCAGCCGAGUCGCUCGAAGUCGUAAACACUGGAUGUCAAAAAGAGAAAUCAUGAAUUCGACUGAAAACACUUUGUUUUUAUGAUCAGCUUAAAGAAAAGAAAGAAAAACAGCAAAACAGCUGAGUCUUCAUGAACUGUCAUUUUCCAGUUUCGUUGCUGUUUUCAGGCUUUACUGCUUCCUUUUCUUGUCAUAAGCACAGGUCGCUGAGCACGUCCAGCCUGUGGCAGGAAACAGAAGUCUGCUUUUAUGAUUAUUGUGGAUCCGUUUGGACAUGAAAAAGAUGUCAGGAAAACAACACAAAUACAAUGAAAAGUCGUGUUAUUUGGUUAUCUGGAAGACUGUUUCAUGGCUACUAUUUAUGUAAAUACUGUAUAUUUAAUAAAAA